AUGCAGCUGAAUAUCGACUCUGAUGAAGCACAGGAACUGCCAGCCUCUAGGGUGACUCAUGUAACACUGCUAGCCUCCAGGGUGACUCGUGUAACACUGCCAACGUCCAGGUGGAAUCAUGCUGCACUGCCAGCCUUCAGAGUGACUCGUGCAGCACCGCCAGCGUCUAGGGUGACUCGUGCAGCACUGCCAGCCUCCAGGGUGACUCGUGUAGCACUGCCAGCCUCUAGGGUGACUCGUGCAGCAUUGCCAGCCUCCAGGGCGACUCUUGCAGCGCAGCCAGCCUCUAGGGUAACUCGUGCAGCACUGCCAGCCUCCAGAGUAACUCGUACAGCACUGCCAGCCUCCAGGGUGACUCGUGCAGCACAGCCAGCUUCUAGCGAGACUCGUGCAGCAUGGCCAGCCUCCAGGGUGACUCGUGCAGCAUUGCCAGCCUCUGCGUUUACUCGUGCAGCACAGCUAGCCUCCGGGGUGACUCAUGCAGCACUGCCAUUCUCUAUGGUGACUCGUGCAGCACUGCCAGCCUCCAGGGUGAGUCGUGCAGCACUGCCAUCCUCCAGGGUGACUCGUGCAGCGCUGGCAGCCUCCACGGUGACUCGUGUAACACUGUCAGCUUCCUCGGUACCUCGUGUAACUCUGUCAGCCUCCAUGGUUACUCAUGUAGCACUGCCAACAUCCAGCUUGACUCGUGCAGCUCAAGGGAGAUUCACGCAGCACGGCCAGCCUCCAGCACAGCUAGCCUCUACGAAAGACUCGUGCAGCACUGACAGCCUCCAGGUUGUCUCGAGCAGCACAGCCAGCUUCCAGGAAGACUCGUGCAGCAUUGCCAGCCUCCAGCUUGAGUCGUUCAGCACUGCCAAUCUCCAGGGUGACUCGUGUAACAACCCAGCUUCCAGGGUGACUCGAGCAGCAUUGACAGCCUCCACGUUGACUCGUGCAGCACCGCCAACCUCCAGAGUGAUUUGUAGAGCACAGCCAGCUUCUAGGGUGACUCGUGCAGCCCAACCAGCCUCCAGGGUGACUCGUGCAGCAUUGCCAGCCUCCACGAUGACUCGAGCAGCACUACGAGCCUUCGGGGUGACUCGUGCAGCACUGCCAGCCUCUAGGAGUGACUCGUGCAGCACAGCCAGUCUCUAG